AUGAACUGUCAACAACUAACAACAGUGUGCAUCGUUAUGACAACAUAUAAAAUGGCAUCCGGGCAAUUGUCAUUUGGUCAAAGACUAGCGCUCUCACGUAACUACCCAAGAUCCAUGCUGAACCACGGCGUGUUGCGGCGGCCACCAUUCGGCUACCACUACGAGACGAGGAGACACAUCUUGAAUACUUAUCCGAGGAAUUCGUAUACGAUAAGGUACGGUCUAUCGAACGUUGUCAGAAACAACAAUCGCGGGUCACCGUCGAAGGGUGGAAAAAAAAAUCCCAAAAAGAAGAAUAAAAAGAAGAAAUCCGAUGACGAUGAUGAGCCGCCGGAUGACACCUCUCCGUCGGCCUCGAGUCCACCAGAAGCAAGUCCACCAGAAGGAAGUCCAGCAAAAGGAAGUCCACCAGCUGUCAAUCCAGCGCCGCCUGGAGGACAGAGUUCACCGUAG